AGGAAGUUGUUGCUGCCUGUGAUUGAAGCUCGACAGCCUUCAAUACAAGAGCUGGUUCAGUCUGUUUGUUCCACCUGAGAUCUUCAACAAGAGGCAGUGAAGUUUUAAUAGUUCAAACCUUUGCUUCUCCCCCCCUCCUUUUCUUAUUGACGGAUGCUAAAGCUAUUUAUGAACCGAGAAACAAAUGUGCUGACAGUAUAAUGGGGAUCACCAAGCUGGCAGAUUUGAUCCGCUCGGAUGCUCCAGGUUCUAUUUCUCACAAGGAUAUAAGUGACUACACCGGAAAAGUGAUUGCACUGGAUACUUCUAUUGUGGUGAACCAGUUCAGAGCAGUGACGCCUUCACUAAGCCCUCUGACAGGUCUCUUUUUUCGCACGCUCACCUUCCUGGAACAUGACAUAAAGCCUGUGUUUGUGGUUGACGGAAAGCCUCCUGGGGAAAAGAGAGCGGUUCUUGAGAAGCGAGCUGAAGCAGCUGGUUGGAGGUCAGCCAACCUUAAUGGCACAGCGUCGUCUCAGACAAAAGACUGUGUCCACCUCCUGAAGAUUCUGGGUGUACCUGUCGUCCAGGCUCCAGGGGAUGCUGAAGCACUGUGCGCCCAGCUGGUGAGAGAGGGAAUUGUGGAUGCUGUUGCGUCAGAGGACAUGGACACGCUGCCAUUUGGGGCCAAAACUCUCAUUCGCCAGCUUAACGCCAAGAAAAACAGUGAAAUUAUUGAAUAUUCUUUAACCAAGCUGUUAGAGAAACUCCAAAUUAGUCACAAAGAGUUUGUCGACCUGUGUAUCUUGUUGGGCUGUGACUACUGUGGGAAGAUAGCAGGUCUGGGUCCUAAGAGAGCUCUGACACUGAUCCAGAAGCAUCGUACCAUUGAGGAAGUGGUUUCACAUGUCAACAAAAAGACCCAUCCUGUGCCAAUUUCAUGGAAGUACAAAGAAGCGCGUGAAAUCUUCUUGAAAGAACCUCAAACCAUGAACUCACCUGAACUCACCUGGACUGAGCCAGAUGAAGAAGCACUGGUUGGGUUCCUUUGUCACAACGCGCUUGUUAAGGAGGAAAGGGUCCGUCGCCGAAUGGAGACAUUUCGUCAGAUGCGUGACAGUAAUCGGGUGGAGAGGGAGAAGGAGGAGAAAGCAGGACGCAGCAAGCAGACACGCAUCGAGGAUUUCUUCAGAGUAACCAGAAAAAGGAGUCAGGAAGCUGCAGACUCUUUAAGCAGUAACAGAAAGAGACCAAAGACAGAAUAAAUCCACCAACACCUGCCACACGCUGCCUCCACAGUCAGAAUCAGAAAGAGAUGAUUCAACUCUGUCCUCCUGUCAAGAGAUCUCCAAAAAAUGAUUAAAACAUUGACAGACAUUUCUGUGAUUUUGAUCUUCUGCCAUGGGAUUUGUUUUUUUAACAAGCUAUGCUGCUUCAUGCCCACAUGAAAGUCUAGAUGGCUUUUUCAUCCAAGUCAGGAAAUAAUGGUAUUCCACUCAGUAAGAUUUAAUGUUAUGACAUGAUUAUAAUCUACAAAAAUUCAGAGGCAGCAACUUAACAUGUUGAGUCAUGUUUUUUUUUUUUGUAAACGACAGAGGACUGCGCUUUUCCAGCUGCCUUUUAGAAACCACUUCUGUAACAAGCCAAACCAGGCACCUUGUAAUAUGCUGACCUUUCUUUUCUUUUUUUUUUUUUGUCUCUGCAAGGGUGCACUUCCCCCACUGACAGUACAAUAACCUAAAAAAAACAACAACAAUGCAGUUCACUGAGCAGUUCUUCAGUGUAUCCAGCAGUGUCCUUCAUAGCCACCAAGAAAAGCAGAUCAGGCCUUGAACGGCAAUGAAUGAGAACAGUGUGGUCACUGUCGCGGAGGCCUACCCCCCCCCCAGCCAAAACUGGAGACAGGGGGAUGUCUCAUCACUAGAUAUUCAAUGAGCACCUGUUGUGUUAAGGAUGCCAAAGUGUGGACAUAAGACUUGAAUUUUAAAACAUUUACGGAAAUGGGAUCAUGUUUAAAAGAGGUAUUGAGAUCUUUAUAUUCCAUAUGAAGACUUGUUUAAUUACUUGUGAAUACAUUUUAUACAAGACUACAUUGUAUGUUUUAUAAUUUGAUUAUAUAUGUCAAGCUUUGGGCCCUUUUUAAAUAAAUCAAUAUGUAAGUUU